UAUUUCCAUGGCGGAGCUGCAUAGCCGUGCCUUCCGUGCGGAUUCCUCAGCGGCCAAGCGCGUCACGAUCGGGCUUCCAUUCCUCGCCAUCGCAGCGUUCACGAUUCUUGUGAUUGGGCAUCUUGUGAAGCGGAGAAAUCCCGGUGGCAAGCGUUUGGGUGGAGCAAACAACGCAACAGGCCAACACGCUCCAGAAGAAAAUGGUGACAGGGUCGCGGAUGACGAUGAUACUGAGACGCAGUGCUUGGAAAUCCCCGGGAGUAUCGAAGAGCUUCGUGCUCGACGAAUACGGGCAAUGGAGAAGCGGCUUGCGAGAGGCAGCAAGUCUAACGAUCCAGGUUCAGCGAGAUUAACUCCUCUAGGAACCAUGUUAGCCAUUUCCAGAAAGAUUGACGAGCUCGAGAAGCAGGUUGCGAGUUUUCUCGACUCCAGUUCUCAAGUCCAGCAACAUAGAUGCGAAGAACUGGUGGAGAAUUUGAAAAGUUUGCAAAUGGAAAUCGACGCUGUCAAUAGCGAUGAGGCUGUGCGAGAACACAGGAAAAUACAAUCUUGUCGCGUGGAAUCUCUAAUGCAGGAACUACAACACAGUAAACAGUGACGAUCAGUCGAAGUCUUCUUUACACUUUUGAGAAUCAUCCGCUCCUACGAUCGUAUGAACCUGUGCGAAGAAGAGUAGUGUAAGCAAAUCCUCAGAGCUUAAAAAUUGACUCAACUGUGUGCCGGGAUGUUGUGAACCCAGACUUUGGUUCCAGGCAAGAUGAACGCAUCGUUUCUUA